GCUGUCGCUGUCGCUGUUCGACUUCGCUCCUUCGACGACGUUCUCUUCCUGUUGGAUCGGAGGUUACGACAUUUUGAUCGGAAGCAACGACGGGAGCUCGCUCGCUGUGAAGGUAACUUUCUCCCUUUUGCGCGCUUCUGAGGCCAAAUCCCUAAAUCCGCCGAAUCGAAGGAUUUCGUAACGCCGGGAUUUAUCACGAGAAGAGGGAAUUUUCCGUCAACCGCGGCUUAGAUUUACCGUGAGAUUUGGCUUUGCAUUUUUGGCCGUUUGGUUGGAUUUAGCUCAAAUCGAUCCAAAAUCCGGCCUAAAUCCUGCAUCCAAACAGCCCCUUACUGUGUUUUUUUUCUGCAUCCGAUGCAAUCGCUAUCUUCAGUUUUUAUUGCUUCUAUCAUCUAAAUGGGGUCAGAUGAUUUUAUUAAACUCGAUUCACCUAAUCACUCGGACGAUCAAGCUGAAGAGAAAGUUUGUCAUGAAUCACUGACAAAAGAAACCAGUUUAUCUACUUUCAAAGAAGAGGUCGAUGUUGUUAACCAUUUUGAUACAGAAGAUGUUACUGGUGGUGGCAAUAUUGAGGUACAUAAUGUGAAUGUUGAAGAGGAAGGUAGUCAGCACGUGCGCGAUAUGGACCUUGAAGAGGAUGAUUUUAUGCAGAAAGAAGCAAUUCUACAAGAAAAUGUUCGGUUAAUUGAUUCUCUUAGCACAUUUAAAAGGGUGGAUGAAUCUGAAUCUAUAUUUCCUACAACUAUUAUUUCCACAAAUUCUGUCAGCAACACUGCAAUGUCCAAGCUGGUGGUUGAUGAAAGCCCUGUAGCAGGUUUUAAAAGAGCCCGGACAACUUGCAAUGAUCAACAUCCAUCUGUACGCGUAGUUUAUAACUGCUUGACAAGAGAAAGCAAGAAAAAGCUUAUGGAACUUAUGCAGCAGUGGUCCCAAUGGCAGACGAAACAUCAGUCAUCCUCUGAUGUGCCUGGGGACGUAGGCUUGGAAUCUGGGGAAGAUACAUACUUUGCAGCAUUGCACGUUGGCUCAGAAAGGACUAAUGCAGUGUCAUUUUGGCUUGAUAACCAAGGAAAAAACGAGAAUAUUGGCGAUCCUGUUAAAUUGGAUGGUGAUAUGGUGCCUUUGUAUGACCGGGGGUUUUCAUUGGGCUUAACUACACUUGAUGGUUCUACUAACCCUGAAAGUGGAGUGCAGGCAUUGGUAGCUUCCCGUUGCUUCAAUUGCGGCUCUUAUAGUCAUGCGGUGAAGGAGUGCCCAAAGCCACGUGAUAAUAUUGCCAUAAGUAAUGCUCGCAAACAGCAUGGUUCAAAACGGAAUCAAAAUGCUGGUUCUCGUAACCAAAACCGAUAUUACCAGAAAAGUUCCGGAAAGUUUGAUGAUUUAAAAGCAGGAGUGCUAGGGCCUGAAACAAGAGAAUGCUUGGGUAUUGGGGAACUUGAUCCACCACCGUGGCUUCACCGUAUGCGUCAGUUGGGGUACCCACCUGGAUAUCUUGAUGAUGUUGAAGAAGAUCAACCUUCUGGAAUCAUCAUAUUCGCUGAUGAGGAAGGAGAGACCGAAUGCGAGGAAGGUGAGCUUCCUGAAAGGUCUGAGGGGGCUGUUCCUCCGCCAUCGAAGAAGAUGACAGUGGAAUUCCCAGGGAUUAAUGCACCCAUUCCUGAGAAUGCAGAUAACUGGGUUUGGGGCACUACUCCACACAGCUCGCAUAACCACGGCUCUCAUUCGAACUCAAACCGUCCAACAGAUUCGCACCGCGAUCACAUUGAAUCCAUCGAUCGCCACCGGGAUGAUGGACCCCCUGGUUCAGCUCAUGGGCUUGCUGCUUUCUCCAGGCCUGGCUACUCACCCAGGUACAGCUCUCAGGACCAUUAUUCUACUCCAAGUCCACAUUUGGGAAGGUCUCUCUCUGACAGAAGCUGGCCGAGCCCACUCUACGAAAGCUCCCCAAUUCACAGCCCUCACAGUCCCCACCCUUACUCCAGUCUGAACUGGCAGUCUCCUCCAUAUCACAACCUGGUAGCCAGCAAUAACCAAAGGAGCUAUGAAAAUCCAUAUCGUUUGAACUCUGAUGCUCGCGAAAGAGAUCAGCACCGGCACGACCACCACCGGCAUCAUCAUAGGAGGUGAGAGUGAUCUGUUAUUACUUAUUCCUAAUUCUAAGGUUGAAGAUUGUUUAUGUUGCUGUGUUCUUGAAUCAUUUUCGUUGAUAUGGAUGUUCAUAGUGCAUUUGUUUAACCUUUGAACCAUUCAUGUUGUCUUGUAUCUUGUAAUGUAGGUACACUGAUUGCUUUAGUUCAACUUGAACUUAAUCUGAUUUGUAAAUUUAAUGGCAUACAUUGUAAUUUUUUUUUGUUA